GUUGCGCUUGCCACAGGCUGGAUGCCAGCCUCCCACCUUCCAGAAGCGACCGUUUCGGAGCAAGACCUCGCGGCUGUCGCGCAGAACUUGGGGCUGCAAGUUGCGGAUGCGACCAGUAUCAAGGUGGUGCCAGGAAUGCUGCACCGUGCCAGCUUCGGAUAUUGUUGCUCGAGCCUUCAUUCGGUGGUGCUGCACGUGACAAGGCUGCUGCCAGGUGUGAGCUCGGCCAUCCAGCCACAACGUCUCCAAGACUCCGUACUUCUGCUGGGAUCCAGCAGCAGUGGCAAAUCCACAGUCCUGCGGGACCUCGUGUCAUCCCUGACUUUCAAGUAUCAGGUAGUAAUUGUCGACUUCAUGGCAGAGUUAAGUGCUUGCGGCUUUCACCCUGCUCGGACGGUUGUGCCCGCCGAGUCCUCUGCUCCUGUAGCUUUCGUGCAGAAGGUCAUCCAGGAGCAGUGCCCUGAGGUUCUUGUCGCAGAGUUUCUCGAUGCAGCAGUGGCCAUUCAGUGUGCGAAGCUGUGCAAUGGUGCCGGAAUUCAGCUGGUGGCGUCACUGCGUGGCUCCCUCGCCGACCUCGUAGACUCUUUCCUCAGUUUCGACAAGGGAGUGCCUGCCUGCUACUCGUUUCCCUUCGUCACGGUGGUGGCUCUCAAUCGAAAUUUGGAUGCACUGCGAAUCUUCUCGCCCUUCGGUGCCACUGCCUGUGCCAUGGUUGCUGGUCGACGGCCAUGCUGCCUCGCCCACCAUGUGCCAAACAGCCCCAGCUUGCGACCGAAAGUAGUGGUGCCCUUGAAGCGCUUGCAGUCACAUCCCGGAUGA